AUGCCUGGUGCUCCCUUGCCGCAGCCAGCCUCGAUCGACGACAAGUUGAAGGCAUUCGACAAUGUUCCACUCUUCAUGAAAUCUCUUCCUACCGACUCUGAAGAUGACGUCGUUGUGCAAGCUUUGCAGAGUCUAGCAUACGAGGGGACCCCAGAUGAGGUUGCUCAAAAUUUCAAGGAUCAGGGCAACGAGUACUUCAAAGGCGGACGGUUCCGUGAAGCUUUGGGCUUCUACAAUCAGGCCAUUGAUGCUAAGCCUACUGACACCGCUCUCCAAGAGACUAUUUUCUGCAAUCGAGCGGCGUGUAAUUUGCAGUUAAAAAAUUAUGGCUCUGUCCUCAGGGACUGUUCCAAAGCAAUCGUAUUGAACACCAAGGCAUCAAAAGCAUAUUACCGAUCUGCUAUGGCACUCAUUGCACUCGAACGAUACGAUGAUGCGCUCGACUGCUGCGAGCGAUGCUUGAUGUUCGAUACCGAUAACGAUGGCGUGAUACAAGCGAAAACUCGAGCGCAAGAUGCGAAGGCGAAGAAGGAUGAGAAAGAAGCGAAGAUGCAACAGCGACUGAAAGAGGAUUCAGAUAAAAGAAAUCGGAUGAAGACAGCUUUCGAAAAACGUCACCUUAUCGCUACGUCGGAUAAGCAUGGAUCGGGCAGCCCCUGUGAACCUCACUUUGACCCAGAAUAUCCGUCUCAGGAGACGCUCAUCUUUCCUGCUUUCUUCCUCUAUCCACAAUAUGCAACUUCGGACGUCAUAUCCGAGUUUGUGGAGGACACUCAUUUUUCUGCUCACUUGGAGCAAAUGUUUCCUCCUACAGGCCAACGUCCGGAUUGGGACGCGAAAGCGGAAUAUGAUGUGUCUUCCAUAGUAGUCUACGCGAUGACGCAUCGACGCAGGCUACUGAAAGUGGGCAAGAAGAUGACUCUAAGAGACGUCAUUACUGCCGCACACGAGAAGCCAGGAGCAGCAAGGGAUGGUUUGGAGUUAAAGAAUGGCUACUUGACAUUCGUAGUUCUCAAAAAAGGCGAUGUGGAGGAAAAAUGGGUUACAGAAUAUAAACAAGCUUCUUUUCACUGCCUGAAAUUCGCCAUGUCGGUCAACCACAAGAUCCUGCGCACCGCUAACGCGCCCACUACCUCCCCUGACGAGACCGAGACCAACGUCGCGCAGGCUCUUAUUGAUCUUGAAAACAACGUCCCCGAGCUCAAGACUGAGCUGCGGCCCCUUCAAAUCUCUGCUGCCCGCGAGGUUGACGUUCGUGGUGGAAAGAAGGCUAUUGUCGUCUUCGUCCCUGUGCCUCAGCUGAAGGCCUUCCGCAAGGUGCAGCAAAGGCUUACUCGUGAGCUUGAGAAGAAGUUCUCCGAUCGUCACGUCGUCUUCAUCGCCCAGCGCCGGAUGCUGAGCAAGCCCACGCGCAACUCGCGGACAAAGCAGAAGAGACCCCGCACGCGUACUCUCACCCACGUCCACGAUAAGAUCCUCGAGGACCUCGUUUUCCCCACUGAGAUUGUUGGCAAGAGGUCUCGCGUAGCUGUUGAUGGAUCAAAACUCCUGAAGGUCAUCCUUGACUCGAAGGAUUCCACAUCGCUCGAGUACAAGCUUGACUCUUUCUCGUCGGUAUACCGCCGUUUGACCGGGAAGGAUGUUGUAUUCGAGUUCCCUCCUGUUGCCCAGGAGUAG